CUACUUCUGCAGGAGGGUGAAAUAGUAUCACUGCUACAAACGGUGAAUAUCGGCGUACGAGAGUUGGAUCAGCUAAGGGAUGCGGCAGCGUAUAUGGCAACAGCAGUCACGACUCAGAUUGUGCCACCGAUCGCUUUAGCUCACUUUAUACUUGACCGAUUGAGUUACGCGUACAAUGUGUGCGAAGUGGAUCAGAAUGGACAACCGAGUAGCCGCUUGUUGCCUAAUCGCCUUGGUGCCCGCCGUCCUCAAGACGACGACCUCGCGUUGAAGGCUGCCCUUGAUGCAGUUGGUGCAAGGCCACUGUUCUCCGACGAGGAUUAUCCUCUGUUGAGUGAAGCUGUUCGUCGACAGAAGGGAGAGCUGGCGAUAGCAUUGCUGACACGGCAUAGAGAUUCUACAGAAAAGCUCGGUCUAAUCUUAGACAGACUUCUGGAUCCGUCCAUUCACAAGAUGUAUUCAUGGCAUCAGUCGAACGCGGCGUACUUUCUAGAUCGAGAUCCUGUAUAUCUCAAGCUAGGCCAGCGAGGGCAGCGUCCAGCUUUUCCUAUCCCUUCACACACGCCGCCUGUGUUAAGAUCUGUUUCACUGCAGUCGGCUGACUCAAAGAACAGCGCUUUUGAUGAAGAAGUAGAAUGUAUCUCGGAGCAAAUGCAGUCACUCGCAACGAGCGGGGCCCAUAUCGGAAUACUGCACAAGGCUGGUCAAUCACGUGAUCCUGCUGUAGUGGAAGAAGCUGCCAGACUGGCACUCUCGGUGUUACCGUACGCCUAUACCCUAAGCGCAGCUGAAACGCAACGUGCCCUCCUACAAUGUCGCGAACAAGGAGCUGCACUUCUGGAGAGUGCUUGUCGCGCUAUUGAAGAGGCUGCCAAUCAAGAAAUCGUGUUUGCUGAUGUCUUAUUCCGAGUAGCACGGUACUGGCACGACUUACACUAUGAGCUCGAUCAUCCAACUGUACAUCAACAGCAGCACCAGAAUCAAACUGGAUCUCAGGCUGUACCAUUUAACUCCAAUAACCAACAUCAACAAUAUUUUAACCUUCCCUCUACUCAUGCUCAACAACAACAAUUUUACUAUCAACAUAUUCACCCCUCACAGUCGAUUGCUUUUAUGCAAGCCCAUCCACCGCCGGUACCAGUGAGCCAGGCCAGCAACAGUAACAGUCUUUCUGUAUCUGUAGCGAAUGAAAUAGGGCGAUUGCAUCAAAGCCAGUCAGCACCCCAGUUGUCUGGUUCGCGGCCUGGCGCACAGUUAGGAUCGGAAACACGGCCACGUCUAGUGAACGCCCACCGUGUUGGCAUUCGAGCGCUUGCCACAAUGGCAGCCAGUGCCAACGAUGAAACCCGGCAGUAUAGCAAAUAUUCCCAAACCCCGCCAUUUGCCGAGGAUAUUCGAUGGUUGUUCACAAUAUCGGUCCAGCUGGGAACACCUUACUUUGUCAGUUUCCUUGACGCCGUUGCAAAAGCCGUGUCGUCGCCGUUCUUACUUUUCCAGUUCGCUAUGGAGGCAAAUACCCGCCUAACCUAG